AUGGUUCUGGAGGACGAGAGCAGCGACGACAACUCAAGCCUCCCAUACAUGCACUCCGAAACCUCCACCGAUGGGCUGAACCAGAAGCAUGGGAAGCCAUCAGAGAGGCUUGUUGCGUUUGAAGGAACAAUGACUGGGAGAAGGUUCUUAGCAUGUGCAGAGCCGGAAGGUCAGAAUUGUGGGUUUGUUCAGUGGGUUGAUGAGCAGUGGCCCCCAACAAUGGAGAAUGCAUUGCUGAAGCUUUGGUCAAUGGUUGAAGAGAGCAAGUCUGCUAGGGUGAAUGAUAAUCUUCAAAGUGCUCUAACUAUUCAUCAGUUGACAGAAGAAAAGAACAAGCUGGAUGCAGACUAUGACAAGUUAGUGAAAGAUGUGCAUCAACUUGUGGACUUUCAGCAGGAUAGGGUUGUGGAUUUCAGUUAUCUGCAGUCUGCUGUCACAUAUCAGCACCAAUGCAGAGCUGAAUUGGUGGCUGGUAUGAAUGCAGAAAUGGCAAAGAAAGAUGCAGCUGCACAGAAGCUUCAACAGAAGUAUGAACUCCUGUGCAACCUGACAAGUGCUCAAGCAACUGUCAUCCAAAACUUGAAGUUGAAGAAUAUGAAAGAGAAGGAAUUGUUGAGUGAGGCUAGGAUGAAUUUGGAGUUGAAGAAUGCAGAGUUCACAAAGUUUGAGGAGAAGCUCACCCAAGAGAAGGUAGAGUUAAAGCUCCAGGUUGCUGAUCUGCUGAAGCUCAAGGAAAACCAUAAUGAAGAGAAGCAGAUGGAAGAGUUUAAGAUUACUGAGCUCAUCAAGGCAGAGGAGAAGCUGAAGGAGAAGAUCAAGGGGAUCCAGGCCAUCUUGCAGAACUGA